GGAAUCGGACAUUUUCUCGCUUCCGUGAAUCUCCUAAUUUACUGUGAGCUCCUCGUACUACACCAUUGUUUCGUUCCCAGCCAUCUCGGCUCCCUUUUUGGGGGUUUUACGGCAUUGUUGAUAUAUUUGUCGCCUCCUAUUCCAUCGUCACAAAAAAGUCUUCACUAUACAUCAUGCCCAUUUCUCAGCUCCCCGAGAGUACUUGCCAGCUGCUAAAGUCCACCAUCGCUGUGAUCUCCCCCCUAUCACUCGUCAAAGAGCUCGUCGACAAUGCCAUCGAUGCCAAUGCCACCACCAUUGAAGUUGGCGUCUCGGCCAACACAGUAGACAAGAUUCAGGUACGAGACAAUGGCCAUGGCAUCAGCCCCGAAGACUACCACGCCGUUGGGCGAAGGUCACAUACCAGCAAGCUUCGGACCUUUGAGGAGCUCCAGUACAAGGGCGGCAAGACACUUGGUUUCCGCGGCGACGCCUUGGCAAGCAUGAACACUUGCUCGAAGCUUACCAUUACGACGAGAACAAGUCAGGACAAGGUUGCGGCUUUGCUGGUGCUUAAAAAUGACGUGGAAGGAAUCGCGGACAAGCGACUAGCUUCAGGUUCUAUGGGAACAACAGUCGACGUCUCCGAUUUGUUUGCCGCCGUACCGGUCCGAAGGCAGCUUGCCAUCAAGGAGAGCAAAAAGUCGUGCGGGCAGAUCAAAGAGCUCCUUCAAACGUAUGCCCUCACUCGACCAUACAUCAGACUCUCGCUCAAAAUUUUCAAAGACCACAAACUCUCCUGGUCAUAUGCUCCCGGUCAAGGGGCACAUAUCAGAGAAGCGGUCCUCCAAGUCUUUGGCCCCGAUCUGGCCUCGCAAUGCGUCUAGAAAACGUUUGACGGGGCCCUAAGUGUGAUUUCGGGCACUUUCUCGACCAGACCAGACACGCCGGCACCAGUAUUACGCCUCGAAGCCUUCCUUCCGAAAGCUGACGCGGAUCUCUCCAAGAUCUCCGGAAAAGGCUACUUCAUCUCUGUCGACUCGAGGCCCAUGUCUACUGUCAAAGGGACAAUGAAAAAGCUUGUCAACGUAUACAAGACCUAUUUACGCCAUGUCGGUGGAGUCGAACCACACUCCAAGUUAGUCCCCAAACCUUUCAUACGACUGAAUAUCCAGUGCAUCAUCGGAAGCUACGAUCUGAAUGUGACAACAGCAAAAGACGAGGUUCUUUUUGCUAAUGAAUCCAAAGUAUUGUCCCUUUUUGAGGAAAUGUGCAAGGAGAUGUACUUGCCAACGG